AUGGCUUCAGAGUCUCCUCAAAUGGACAGGUCGCCGCCCCAGGGAGACCUUCGUGAUCAGUCCAUUGGGGCGUCCGACUCCAACAAACGGAAAGCGGAACAAGGCAACGGAACGCAGACGCGCACAAAGCGGAAUCGUUACAUCUCCAUUGCAUGUAAUGAAUGCAAACGUCGCAAGAUUAAGUGUAAUGGGCAGGUCCCUUGCCAACGCUGUGGCCAUUUGAAUUUGGAAUGUCGCUAUGCCCCCAAUUGUUGCAAUAAUAAUUUCAAGGACUCGGAUGAAUUCCGGUCCAUGACCGAGCAGAUCACUGCUUUGCAAGAUCAAGUGAAUAACUUGUUCACCAAUCUCAAUGAUCUUCGUACGCAGCGGCCCUCUUUUGAGUCGCCGCCAUUCGACCCGCUGUCUCGUGAUGGCUCCCAGACUUUCACACCCCUGCCCGGGGUAGGCAAGCCUCGAGCCCGCCAUCCUCGCUUCCAUGGGCCAACUAGCUCAGCUUUCAACUUUGAUGUGGCCAAGUCUAGCCUGCAGAAUAUGGGCAUUACACCUGCAGAGGAUGGGAUCCCUGAUGACUUGACGACUGCGCAUGUUACGCCAGCGACCUCACCACCCUCUCACUUCGGUCAGAUUCUUACUACUGUACAUCCGACGAAAGAUCCUAUAUGGACUAUUCGCCGCGAGGAGGCGUUGCGGCUAUGCAAAGUGUACGAGGAGGAGAUUGGGAUCAUGUACCCCGUGGUGGAUAUCACGAAGAUCAGUCGCCAGGCCACCUUGCUCUACACGUUUAUAGAAGCAGCUACUAGGACGGGGUUUGCGCAACGAGGGCUUCCGGGAUCUGAUGGCCUUCACGACGAAGCGUCAAUCCUGUUGAAAUUGAUACUGGCCACCACGCUGGUCGUGGAGGGAGGAGGCCAAAGUGAGCUUGGGCAGAGGCUGUUCCUGAGUGUGAAACCUUUUGUUGAAUCCAAGCUGUGGGAGCCUCAUAGCAUCAAGACCAUUCAAUUGUUUGCUAUCGUGGCUACGUAUCAUUUCCAUACUGAUGAUGAUGCGAUGGCUUAUCGGGUCAUUGGGCUGGCUGCUCGGAUGUGUCUAGAGAUGGGACUGCACCGCCGGGAUGCGAUGAUCAAAUCCUUCCCGAAUGAAGAACAUUGGGACGAGAUCACACGUUUGUUCUGGUCUGUCUACAGUCUAGAUAGACGAUGGAGCUUGGGGACAGGGUUACCGUUUGUGAUUCAAGACGAGGACAUUGACCCCAAUUUGCCAGAGCCUGAUGCCUCCCUGCCAUACCUGCGUUGUAUGAUCCUAUACAACCGAAUCAGCUCUAAAAUCUGGUACUCUGGCUUGGGUUCAGAAGGAACAACGGAUAUUCGCCGCGACGAGAUCGGCUACCUCGAUUACCAGAUCCUACAGUGGUACAAGCAAGUUCCCGACGAACUGAAAUUCUACCCGGUGGAAUCACCCAAAAAUGGAGACACCGCCAGCAGGGGUAUGAGGAGACUUCGAGUGCUUCUUUACCUCCGAAUGAACCAGCUGCGAAUCCUCAUCUACCGCCCGGUGCUCCAUUCAUCCUCCAGCAUCGCCGAGGACCGCGGCCACGCGCAGACUGUGGUCGACAUAGCCAAAGACACAGUCCGUGUUCUGACCCGUCUGAACCAAAUGUCCGAUAUCUACCGCACCCAGCAAAUCACCUUCAACUACUUCCUCGUGGCGGCGCUGGCGGUACUCUUCCUCGCGGUCUCGCAUGCUCCCGCAGACUUCAACCGCCAAGUUCGCGACGAGUUCUACAUGGCGCUCGACCUAAUCAAUGGGUUCAGCACAAAGUCAUAUGUCUCCAAGCGUUUGUGGAAGACUAUCAAAGGUCUCCGAAAGAUCGGAGAGAAGCUCGGCGUUCUGGCUCGUCCUUUUGGGUCGGAUGCGGCGGAUCCACAUUCGAACGCAGCGGUCGCGAUGGCUGGUUUGGCGGGCCAUUCUAUUGAAGAUCUGUCCAUGUAUGGACCUGUCAAUGGCCAUGAACUUGGGAAUAGUCCUUUGAAUGGCUUGCAGAUGAGCCAUGAGCUGACUAACUUGUUCGAGGCCGUGGGCGCCUUUGGGAAUUUUAUGCCUGCUGCGGAUGGGAUUAGUGGGUUUGUGGGACCGGAUGGAGAGAUUCAGAAUACUGGGGAGGGAUUAUCUGGUGUUUUAGGGGACGAGGGGGAGUUUGCUAGGGUGAUCCGGGAUUUGUUUUGA